GAUUGAGUUACAGCUAUUAGAAACAGUGAAAAAAUUUGAUCCACCUCACCUCCAUUAUUUGUGCAGUGCAUUGGAUGCUGCAGCUUUUACCAAUCACCAUUAUUUGUGACGAAUCAUAACUUGCACGUACGUUUUCUCUCUGGAUGCCGCUAAGGGAUGACUUUUGAGCAUGAGAGGGCAGAUCUGGAACAAAAAACAAAAAGUAAGCGACAGUGUCUCAUAUGAAUUCAUAUUAGUAGUAUGACUUAGUUGGGUUGAUUAAAGUUUGAAGAACAUGGAACUCAUGUUGUGGUUCAUCAUCUCCAUUCUCAUACUCUCCCAAGCAAAGGCAGCAGAAGAAGAAGACAAGGCAGCAUUGCUUGAAUUCGUGCAAAAGCUACCACCUUCAAGGCCUCUCAAUUGGAACGGAACCUCUUCCCCAUGCACCUCUUGGACAGGCGUAACCUGUGACCGACAAAGCUCACGUGUCAUAGCCAUUCACCUACCAGCCUUCGGAUUCCACGGACCCAUCCCUCCCAACACCAUAAGCCGCCUCACGUGCCUCCAAACGUUGAGUCUCAGAUCCAACUUCAUCACCGCUCAUUUCCCUUCCGAUUUCUCCAAUCUCAAAAACCUCACCUUUCUCUAUCUCCACUUCAACAACUUCACCGGCCCCUUACCGGAUUUCUCCCCCUGGACAAACCUCUCCGUCCUUGACCUCUCCAAUAACCGAUUCUCCGGCCACAUUCCUCCGUCGCUCUCCACCUUGCCCCGCCUCGCCGCCGUCAACCUCGCCAACAACUCGCUCUCCGGGGAAAUCCCACUCUCUCUCCAGAGGUUCCCAAAGGCCGCAUUUUUAGGCAACAAUCUUUCUCUUCAACUUCAACCCUCUCCGCAUUCUGUCAAACACCGCCAAACGACGCUGCUUUCGGUUGUUGUCGCUGCUGGUGUCUUCGCUCUCGCGGGAUUCCUUGUUUUUGUAUUUCUGUGGUGCUCCAGGAAGAGAAAAGGGAAUGUUUUUGCUCGGAAGUUGCACAAGGGGGACAUGUCUCCGGAGAAACUGGUGUCGAGGGACUUGGAUGUAAAUAAUAAGAUUGUUUUCUUUGAGGGGUGUAGUUAUGCUUUUGACUUGGAGGAUUUGUUGAGGGCUUCUGCUGAGGUAUUGGGGAAGGGGACGUUUGGUGCUGCUUACAAGGCUGCGCUAGAGGAUGCUACCACGGUUGUUGUCAAGAGGUUGAAGGAGGUGGCUGUUGGAAGGAAGGACUUUGAGCACCACAUGGAGGUUGUUGGAAAUCUUAAACAUGAGAAUGUGGUUGAGCUCAAAGGGUAUUACUACUCCAAAGACGAGAAACUCAUGGUCUAUGAUUACUACACUCAGGGGAGCCUCUCUGCCUUGCUCCAUGGUAAAAGAGGAGAGGAGAGGGUGGCUUUAGAUUGGGAUACUCGGAUGAAAAUUGCUUUGGGUGCUGCACGAGGCAUUGCUCGCAUCCAUUUCGAGAACGGUGGUAAACUUGUACAUGGCAAUAUCAGAUCCUCAAAUAUCUUUCUAAAUAGUAAGCAAUAUGGAUGUGUCUCUGAUCUUGGCCUGGCAACCAUAAUGAGCUCAGUUGCCAUACCUAUUUCAAGAGCUGCUGGAUACAGAGCACCUGAAGUUACAGACACCAGAAAAGCGACACAGCCUUCUGAUGUUUACAGCUUUGGUGUGGUGUUACUAGAGCUCCUGACUGGGAAAUCCCCUGUCCACACAACUGGUGGCGAUGAGAUUGUCCACUUGGUGAGAUGGGUUCAUUCUGUUGUGAGAGAGGAGUGGACAGCUGAAGUAUUUGACCUGGAGCUGAUCAGGUAUCCCAAUAUAGAGGAAGAGAUGGUGGAAAUGUUGCAGAUAGCCAUGUCAUGCGUGGUAAGGGUUCCUGAUCAGAGACCUAAGAUAUCAGAAGUUGUAAAAAUGAUACAAAAUGUGAGGCAGAUUGAUAUAGUGAAUCAGCCAUCAUCUGAGAACCAAGUGGAAAGUGCAACACAGCCCCCUUUAACCCCUACACAAAAAGGAAAUGAAUGAUAGAGAGCUGCUUGCUGUCUUUAUUUGAUUUGAGUGUGUCCGAAAAUGUUUUGUUCCAAAUUAUGAACAAGAGCAUGGUUCUUUCCAUCAUUUUCCUUUGUAAUUCUUGUUCCACAUAUUUGCUUUUUCCACGAAAAAGCCAAACUAAUUUAAUUGAUUUUAUAUCAUGGUAUGUUAAAUGCUUUGAGGGAAGGAAUCACCAGAUGAUGGUACCAUCCGGUGGUUAAGUACUUGUCUUGCUACCUGUUAACCUGAUAUGAAACAUUUUUUUCAUCAUC